AUGAAGCCUCGAGUUGAUUAUGGACCCUCGGUGGCUCCCCUGCAGCCCACGGCCCCGCCUGCCCAUGAUCGGUACGUCCAGCUGCCUCAGAGUCCAGCUGAUGUCCCAGCAGAUGCCAUUGCCCGCAAUGAAGCCUCGAGAUGCUUUAUUGAGAGCAUCACAAUCAGAUCUGGCACAGGGACCUUGGAGGACUCUACCACACAGACCGAACAGCCACCCAGUUCUUGUGAGAUGAAUAACAGCUCAUCUGUAGUUCCUGAGAUGCGUAUGUCAGUUCUGCUUGCUCAGGAGUCAGAUGAUGUCACAAGUACAAAGAUGGAGAACCUUGCAAGCACCCCUGUGUCUUCAGCAAAGAAGAAGGGGCUUUUUUUGGACUUUAUCAGUAUUAAAAGUGUAUGA